AUUUAAUGCAAAGUACUAAUAUUUGUUUUCAGAUAAACCGCAGAGCAUCAACAAUCUCUUCAAGAAGGAAAAAAAGUUGAUAGUAGCCCAUUUCAGAUAAACCGCAGAGCACUCAACAAUCUCUUCAAGAAGGAAAAAAAGUGAUAGUAGCCCAACCUAGACCAUCUCCAUCUUCUUCAAAUUUCCCAAAACAGAGCAACCACCAUUGCUUCAUAAGUUUGUUUUACACACCAAAAGAGAGAGGAUGUACAAGUCGAAGCUGCAGGAGCUGUGCCAGCAGAGGAAAUGGCGCUUGCCCAAGUACAACGCCACAAAGCUUGGCCUCGACCACAACCCUCGCUUCUCAGCCUCCGUCACCAUCAACAGCGUCGCCUUCGACACGGUGCAACUCUUCAGCUCCUCCAAGGAAGCCCAAAACGACGCCGCUAGACUUGCCUUCGCUCACUUCUCUGAUCCGCAACCCAGACAUACCAAUCGCAGUCCCAGCCCCUCAUCAUUCCCUCAACCUUCUCUUCCCGCUUCCUCAGCACUUCCUUCAACAACGAGCAUCAAUUUGACUGAUACACAUGACACAAAACAGACAUUGCAACCAGAGAUUCAAGAAACACAUGAAAAUUCUUACGUGCCAGUUGAGUUCAGUGGUAUAGCAUCAGGUGGCAAUUCUCAAGCGAAUGGCAGCACAUUGGGUAUUGAAGAUGGUAAUCGAUUGAGAGCACUUCCUUCAACAGCGGGCACCAAUUUGACUGGUACACAUGGCACAAAACAGACAUUGCAACCAAAGAUUCAAGAAACACAUGAAACUUCUUACGUGCCAGUUCAGUUCGGUGGUAUAGCAUCAGGUGGCAAUUCUCAGGCGAAUGGCAGCACAUUGGGUAUUGAAGAUGGCAAUCGAUUGAGAGCACUUCCUUCAACAGUGGGCACCAAUUUGACUGGUACACAUGACACAAAACAGACGUUGCAACCAAAGAUUCAAGAAACACAUGAAACUUCUUGCGUGCCAGUUGAGUUCAGUGGUAUAGCGUCAGGUGGCAAUUCUCAGGCGAAUGGCAGCACAUUGGGUAUUGAAGAUGGUAAUCGAUUGAGAGCACUUCCUUCAACAGCGAGCACCAAUUUGACUGGUACACGUGACACAAAACAGACAUUGCAACCAAAGAUUCAAGAAACACAUGAAACUUCUUACGUGCCAGUUGAGUUCAGUGGUAUAGCAUCAGGUGGCAAUUCUCAGGCGAAUGGCAGCACAUUGGGUAUUGAAGAUGGUAAUCAAUUGAGAGCACUUCCUUCAACAGUGGGCCCCAUUUUGACUGGUACACAUGACACAAAACAGACAUUGCAACCAAAGAUUCAAGAAACACAUGAAACUUCUUACGUGCCAGUUCAGUUCAGUGGUAUAGCAUCAGGUGGCAAUUCUCAGGCGAAUGGCAGCACAUUGGAUAUUGAAGAUGGUAAUCGAUUGAGAGAUAUACAGCAUUUGUACAAGAACCAACUGCAGACUUAUGCACAUAAGAGAAAUCUUCUUCUACCUGUGUACAGUUGUGAGCGGGAGGGUCCGCCUCAUGCCAAUCGUUACAAGUGUAGGGUAACAAUUGAUGAACAUACCUAUGAGGGUCAAGAGUUUCUUCCUACAAUGAAGGAAGCUGAACAUGCAGUUGCAAAAGUUGCUUUGAUGUCCCUGUUGCCAAAUGGAAUACAAGAGGAUUAUAUCGGUUUAUACAAAAACGUUUUACAAGAAUUAAUCCAGAAAGAAGGUUUUUCUAUGCCAGUCUAUAGCACAAAGAAUUCUGGCGAAGUUCAUGUGCCAAUUUUUGUUUCAACUGUGGAGAUAGAAGGAGAAACUUUUACAGGUUCAGAAGCAAGAAGCAAGAAGCAGGCAGAGAUGAGUGCGGCAAAGGUUGCUUACCAUACCUUGAGAGAGCGUAAGAGUAAGUCAAGUAAGAUCCCUUUGGUCCGGCCCCCUGCUCAGAAGGGGCUAGAAAUGCCAGAGAUCUUAUCUUCAAGCUUUCAGUCAAACCUAGCUACUGAUUUACAAAAAGGCAGGCCUAACACCCCCAUGAUCGUAAGUCUGAGUGCGAUUACUAGGGAACAGACGAUGGAGAAUAGUGUAACUGCAGAAGGGAACAGUCAUCAUCCUGCCACAGUAUCUUCACGACCUGAUGCUCUUACGACAAGCAGUGGAUUCUCGUCUUCUGACAUUCUUUAUGGCCGUGCACAGGAGUCAAACAGUUCUAGCCUCUCUGAGUCCCAAAAUGGCUCUUCUUCAACUUUGCCUUCUGAUACCUCCACUAACUUAGCUAUGGACUCUACUCUUGAGCCUCCAGCUAAAAGGAGCAUGUAUAACAAGGUUUCUGUUUAUCCAUACAAGUCAGAUAUGAAAUUUCCUGAGGGAAACACUGUGCUGCCCACGAGUGAUGAAAAGUGGGUUGCUUUGUCGCACACCUGAAGGAACGGAUAUAUAGGCUUUCUCAGUUCCUAGUUUAACGGGUGAUGCCUAUAGUUUUACUAAGCAAAUUGCUUAUAAUGUUGUUGCUUUGCUCACAUUCAUGAACUCUGCUGCGAGUGGUUUGUUAAUAUACUAUAGCCGUUGCCUUUCUGAGUUCUAUAGUGAUGGUGGUGCUUUGCUUGAAAUUCUUCUGAGUGGAGAUUUUGCAUUCAUUAUACAGUGCUGAAGAAACCAUUAAAAUUUUGUUUCGUUUUAUACCCGGAACUGGAACUGAGGCAUGUUCCUGGUUAGGUAAGUAGAAUGGGUCUCCAAGACGUUGUGCCUCUAUUUUGUAAUGGUUGAAUGUGC